AUACCUAUUAUUCCGCCCACAGUCAAAGAGGAGGAACAGCAAUUUGUUGCUCUGGUGUAUGCCCUUCUCUACCAUGGGAGAUGUCUCGCGAGCAUCAUCAACGAUACUAUGAAUGUUACGUUGAUGGAUCUGAGCAACACAUUUCGUAGUUACCAAGAUGACCUCCUCGCCGCGCUGUACAACCUUCCACGCGACCAAUCUUUUAUCACGAACUCAACGGAGCAAACACUAGCUAACCUGAAACCCUACCUGGGAACUUAUUUAGUUCCUCAAAGCAGUCUGGAGAAGGAUGCAUUUAUGAGCAACGCAUACAGCGUGGGUCAGGUGCUGGAAACGAUCGCCAAUGACUGGAUAGCGAUACGGGAGGAUCUUAAGUACGGAACCACGCAGACAAAGGAUAUCAUGAACGCUAUCAUAUCCGAUUUGCGCGAGGUCUAUCUGAAAAAUCCCGAACAUAGCCUUACUCUCGAGCUAUUGAAUAGUCUGAGCCAGUUUGGCAUUGAUCAGGACGAUAACCUUCGCGAUUAUUGCCAGGCCUGUGUGUUGGCUUCCCAGCUCGUAGUGAACUGCAUCGAUCACGGACUGCUUCUUAACAUCGUUUUAAUCCCCUCCACGAACUCUUUUUUCAUGAUCGAUGUCCUCAAGUCAGCAAUCAAGUUCCUGAUUCCCACCCUCUCCGAAGCGGCAGAGCAGCAGUUCCAGAGAGAUCUGAACCGCCUUAUGAGCGUACUCACCCAUCCUACCAUGAAUCGCAGACCUUCCUCAACGACGGCACCUGGACGAUCUGCGAUUAUCGCUACGCGGUAA